CGAACCGCGUGACGCGCGUGUGUGCUUUUUGGGAUUCGCAUCGGCAACUUGUGUUUGUGUGUCUCGUGUUUCGCGUCCUCAUCGUCCUUCGUCGUUAUCGUUGUCCUGGACGUGUAUUGACGCAAACUAUUGCCCGUGGCCAUCGGCGUGAGACGUGCGCUGCGGGGCGUACCUGGGGCGUGAUCGAUUCUGUUGCUGUCGCUGGCAUAGAAUUGACCUAAUUUGUAACAUUCGUGUCAGUGUCACUGGCGGUGGUGGCGUGGCUUCACCACGCUUCUGUUCCCUCCCGCUGGUGGAGGCGCCACAUCCUCCACAACAGUGAAGAGCAGCUUCGUGGGCGAACUCCGGACCGAAACCCAAAUCGAAGCUGUGAAAGUGGAUCGAAGCGAAGUAGGAAGCGACCAACUCGCAAAUCAUUGUGAAACCAUAAAAGCAGUGUUUGUGUUUGUGGGCGGUGGUGACAGCGGCUUGUGCGGCCGUGAAAGUGACGCGUGUUUGUGACGCCAAAAAGCAAAAGGAAAACCCUCACCGCACGCGGUCGUUUUUCACAAAAGGAUACUAAAGUACAAUGGAAUCGAAGGGAUAAAACAAAGGGUGCUACGAGAACACAAAAGGUGAAUUCGUCCGUCCGUCCGGCCAAUCCGACAGCAUCCAGUAGCAACAACAGUAGCAACCCCAGCAGAACGAUCAAUGAAUGACUGCGUUUGUCGUAAUAAAGGACUAUGAAGCCGGCGGCCUACAACCACGAGCAGCAGCAAGCAUGAAGCAGCUAGCGGUAGUGAUGAUCAUUUUAAACAUAAAUUACGGUCGGCUGCACUGUUCCUACACCAUGGACAUCGAUGAACCGCACACGUACACACCACCGAAGCACUACUUCCAGACCUCGUCCUUCGAUGACAUCGAGCAGGACAGCGAUGAUGAUGCCAUCGCGAGAAACCCUCUGGACCGGGGACCGUACUUUGACAUCACUGCAUCGCGCAACGUCACCGCCCUGGUCGGCAAUACGGCCUACCUGAACUGCCGGGUCCGGAACCUUGGGAAUAGAACGGUCUCGUGGAUCCGGCAUCGCGACCUACAUCUGCUGACGGUCGGUAAGGCGACCUACACCUCCGACCAGAGGUACCAGAGUGUACAUAAUCCGCAGCUCGACGACUGGUCGCUGAAGGUACUCUACCCUCAGCAGCGUGACUCCGGGGUGUACGAGUGUCAAAUCUCUACCACACCUCCCGUAGGCUACUCGAUGACACUGUCUGUCGUCGAACCCCUUACCACGAUCAUCGGUGGACCGGACCUGUACAUCGACAUGGGUUCGACCGUCAAUCUGACCUGCAUCGUUCAGCACCUGCCCGAACCGCCGCCAGUCAUCCAGUGGACCCACAACGGGGAGGAUAUUAAUUACGAUUCGGCUCGCGGCGGUGUGUCGGUGAUAACGGAGAAGGGCGACAUAACGACCUCGUAUCUGCUGAUUCAGCGGGCCCGCUCCGGCGACUCCGGCAAGUACACGUGCCUGCCAUCGACGGCCAAUCCAACCACCGUGCACGUGCACGUGCUGAAUGGUGAACAUCCGGCAGCGAUCCAGCGAGGGCGACAGACGCGCAGCAACUGUGCCCUGCUGACGAUGCUGUUCCUGCUGCUGAUGGCGAUAUCCGGCGGUCCGGUGCGGCCUGGUGUGCGAUAAAAUCAUCCGUAUUUCCGCUGCCGCAACUGCAAAUAAUAAUAAUACUAAUAACAAACAACAACAACAACAGUACCAGGCGGAGUUGAAGUCCUAGCAGUGGAGUCGCUGCCGACGCUCGCGCUCGGGGUGGAUAUUGCAAUCAGUUCGGCGGUGCAACCCGGCAUACAAAACGAUGCUGCACUGUACAUAGAGAGCGAGGCGGUAGAGGUGGUCGCAUCGCAGCAGGCCCGGAAACCGGAAGCACCACCGAGCAUAGGCGGCAGGUUUGGAAGGUGCCAUUGGUGAAUUCAAUCGAUUGCAGCUAACUUUGUUCCUCUAUUUGUACUCGGAAAACUAGUUCCUGCUCUCUCUUUCUCUUUCUCUCUCGCGCUGCUUCACUCUGUUGCCUCUUGUUUGAUCGGAAUCUAUUAUUGAUUAGCGUGUGAACGUGGACUCCAGGCCUGGGAUAUAGAGCCAGUGGAGAGGCGUUGGAACUUCUCAAAGCGAAGCAGAGAGAAAUAUAAAGUUUAAGUUGCGAGAGGAAAGAAUUAGAAUAAAGAGAAAAACUUUAUCAUGCGGAAAAACCGAAAAUCAGUAGACCGUCAGACUGAAAGUCUCAAGUCAGGCACUUGCGUAAAACUUGUCUAGGAAAGGGGAAACAGAAAUCAAACUAGGACAUCAGCACUAGUCGAGGAGUACUGUAGUCUAAACGGUUCGAAAGCAAGCAAUUGAGGAACUCGACAAGUGAACGAAACAUAAGAAAAACAUAUGGGAACAUUCAAAAUUGCAUCGAAGAUGCAGUAUCAGAGGCGUCGCCCAAUCCAGAUGGUUAUUCAUUUCUGUUUUUGGAAACCAAGAUCCGUUUUGCUGUUUUAUAUACGUUUCGCUGGCUCGUCAAAAACCAUCUUAAGUAAACUGAAAUUCAACAAUACAAUCAGCAAACGUUUCGAAUGCAAGCUUUCACUACUAUUUUCCAUCCACCAUCCAGCCAUUCGUGAGUACAGUGGCAGUGCGCGGACUUUCGCGGACUUGAACGCUGAAUUCCAAGCACUGUACUGCACUUGGUAACAUCAACAACGGCAGCAUUGCAUGUUGUACUUUAGGGGGAGAAGAAAGAAAAAUCAGAAACAAUAUUUUCUACCGACUACUUUUUCCACUCACGCACAACCCAAACGCAUACAAUAGCUAGGAGCACAAGAACAACACAAAACCCAACGAAGCGAACUCGAAAUUCGCGAAAAGUCAAGAGCGAACGGAACGAACGGAAAGGUCCUAGGCAGGGGAACCACGAGACGAAUCAUCGAGUCAAUCGUACAAUUAGUUUGUUUUCGUCGAAAAGAAAAACCGAAACAAAU